AUGCCUUCCAAUCUGCGUCGACUCGCGGCAGACCAUGCCGCCCUGCACAGCGACAAGCUCCCACCGUAUUACCUGUUGCCACCUGAUGAUGGUCGCUUCGCUGCGGCCGACGAUCUGUCGCAGUUGACGGUCCUUCUGACCGGUCCGACCGGUACACCCUACUCCCAGGGCCUCUGGCGACUCCAUCUCAAGAUACCCGAGGACUACCCGAAAAGUCCGCCCAAGGCGACGUUCCGAACCCGCAUUUGGCACCCCAAUGUGGAGGAGAUGACGGGCGCAGUGUGCGUAGACACAUUGAAGAGGGACUGGGAGUCCAAAUUGACCCUUCGCGACGUACUCAUUACCAUCUCCUGCCUCCUUAUCAAUCCCAAUCCCGACUCCGCCCUCAACGCAUCAGCAGGAACCCUCCUCCGAGAAGAAUUCAAUGCCUUUUCCCACCAAGCCAAACUGAUGACCUCAAUCCACGCCCCCAUACCCCACGAGCUCGAAGGGUCCGUUUUAGAAGCCAAACACAGAGGCGAAGACCCGAGUUCAAUACGCCACGAGGAAGCACCGACCUUGCAGCGCUCCCACAGACAAAAACGCCAUCACCCAGGCACAGUCAAGAAAACCAUCAAUUCAAUACCGUCAGAAGAUACAAUGAGCGACAGCGAGAAUGAAGACCCAAGCAAAGAAAAUGACCCGUCUCUCUCCUCAACGCCAGUCCGCCUCAUACCCCCAAGCCCACGCAAAGCACUUGGCAAACGCCCCCUCUCCGUCCUUACAAUGCCAUAUCCCGACGACCCUGACGUGGACAUGAUGCUCAUUGACUCCGAUUCAGAACAUGAGCGGGAUCUACCAAAGAGCUCUUCUGAGCAAAACAUCUGUGCAAACACCCGCACACGCUCGUCCUCGCCACAGCGCAAGUCUCCGAAGUUGGCGCCCAGUAAAGGCAAUGCUUCUCGACUCCGUGACGAUCUUCAGAUUUACGAGGACGUUCCAGAUCGUACGCUGAUGGACUUCUCGCACCGUUUGAGCGGUGACGGAAAAGAGAACCGCGCUACAGGUGGGACCAAAGGUAUUGAAUUGCAGGGCAAAAUUACAUCCAACGCUCUUGCUCAGACGCCCGGACUAUCAGUGAAAUCAUCCUUGAAUUCAAACCCGUCGCGCAUUUCGAAAAAGGUCGUCGGUGGUCUGCGGAAAACACCUGUAUCGAAGGCUAAGCCGCGCAUCGGAGUUCGACGACUCUAA